UCACUGUUGUGUCACAAAGUAAUCAGAGCCGUCCACUCGAUCAAAAACCCUAAAUCCCUCUCUCAUAUAUUAUUUCCCACACUCUCUCUCUCGCGCCUCUUCGAGCUCUCUAUCACUUACACACACAGAGCCACCAAAAGCCCUAAAGGUGACCCAAAACCCAGAGCAGCAACCAUGGCGACCCCAGCUAUAGAGUCCGUUCAGUGCUUUGGCCGAAAGAAGACGGCGGUGGCAGUGACCUACUGCAAGCGGGGACGCGGCCUGAUCAAGAUCAACGGCUGUCCGAUCGAGCUGGUGGAGCCGGAGAUCCUCCGGUUCAAGGCCUACGAGCCGAUCCUUCUGCUCGGACGACACCGUUUCGCCGGCGUCGACAUGAGGAUCCGUGUCAAAGGUGGAGGCCACACGUCUCAGAUCUACGCAAUCCGCCAGAGCAUCGCCAAGGCCCUUGUAGCGUUUUACCAGAAGUAUGUGGACGAACAGAGCAAGAAGGAGAUCAAGGACAUCUUGGUCAGGUACGACAGAACUCUCCUCGUCGCUGAUCCCAGGCGCUGCGAGCCCAAGAAGUUCGGUGGUCGCGGUGCCAGAGCUAGGUUCCAGAAGUCUUACCGUUGAGAGAUACUCAUCUCACCUUUUUUCCAUUUAUGCUAUUUACUGUCAUUUCCAAUGAUCUUAUCAUUGUUUUGGCUUAAUUUCUAGUUUUAAGUUUUUGUUAUGGAUUUUUAAAGUGUUUGGUAAAACCUUGGUUUGGAUAUUUAUGCUUAGUUGUAUUUUCAUGCUAUUUUCAGGAAUGAUUUAAUCUUUUUUGGGUUCUAUUUA